GGCGCGGAGCUCGCUGUCGCGGUGAUCGCCUCCGAGGACCAGAAAUUCUUCCAGCACAACGGAUUCGAUUGGGCUUCCAUCCGUAGUGCGAUCGAGGAGAGCCGGGGAGGCAGCCGGCUCCGCGGUGCCAGCACGAUCUCGCAGCAGGUGGCCAAGAACCUCUACCUGUGGCCGAACCAGAGCUGGAUCCGGAAGGGGGUCGAGGCAUACCUGACCGUCUGGAUCGAGCUCCUCUGGCCCAAACGCCGCAUCCUGGAGGUAUAUCUGAAUGUGGCCGAGUUCGCAGAUGGGGUCUUCGGGACAGGAGCCGCCGCCGAUCACCUCAUCGGAAGGGCCCCGGGCGAGUUCACUUCCUACGAUGGAGCCCUCCUCGCCGCCGUUCUUCCAGACCCGAAGCGACUGUCCGCAGCGACGCCCUCGGACUACGUGCGGCGCCGGGCAAGCGAGAUCAUGGGGGUCGUCGAGGAUCUUGGCGGCGUCGGAUACCUCGCGGACGGCUCCUGA